AUGGAACAAGCGCCUUCCCCUUACGCCGCAGAGCUCCGGUCCGCCUUCUCCAGGGCCAUGAGCGGCUCCCGGCCAGACGAAGAGCAGCGCGGGGCAAGCAUGCCCUCUUCCCAGGGCGGCAGCAAGAUGGAUCUCUCCGAGGAGGAAAUCACCAGAGCCGAGCAGGACUGGGAAACGGCCAUGGCUGUCUACGAGAGCCUCACCACGACCAAGCGACCCCGGCCCCCCAAGCCCCAAAAUGCCAUCACCGUUGCUGUGUCUUCCCGGGUCCUCUUUGAUAUGGUGGUAGAGAGGAAGAUCUAUGAAGAGGAAGGUGUGGAAAAGUAUGUGGAAUACCAGCAGGCAAAUGAGAACAUCACCCUGAAGCCUGGACCUGCUUUUUCUUUUGUGAAGGCACUGGAGCACGUCAAUGCCCGACUUCGUGAGCUGUACCCGAAUGAAGAAGAUCUCUUUGAUAUUGUGCUCAUGACUAACAAUCAUGCCCAAGUAGGGGUGAGACUGAUCAACAGCAUCAAUCACUACGAUCUGUUAAUUGAACGGUUCUGUAUGACUGGAGGAAAGAGUCCUGUCGGCUACCUGAAAGCAUAUCUUACCAAUCUGUACCUUUCUGCUGAUUCUGAAAAAGUUCAAGAAGCCAUAGAAGCAGGAAUUGCUGCCGCCACACUGUUUUCAGGGAAUAAAAAUGUUCCAUAUGACGAUAAGCAACUUCGAGUGGCCUUUGAUGGGGAUGCCGUUCUCUUUUCUGAUGAAUCUGAAAUAAUUGUGAAAGAACAUGGCCUAGACAGAUUUUUUGAGCAUGAGAAGAUGAAUGAGAAUAAGCCUCUAGCCCAGGGCCCUUUGAAAGGUUUCCUGGAAGAUCUUGGACGGCUCCAGAAGAAGUUCUAUGCAAAGGACGAACGCCUGGAUUCGCCAAUCAGGACUUAUUUGGUGACAGCCCGAAGUGCAGCCAGUUCGGGAGCCAGAGUGCUGAAGACGCUGCGCAGCUGGGGAGUACAAAUUGAUGAAGCCCUCUUCCUUGCCGGGGCACCCAAGGGACCGAUCUUGGCAAAAAUCAGGCCUCACAUUUUCUUUGAUGAUCAGAUGUUUCACAUAGAGGGAGCACAGCAGCUGGGUACAAUUGCUGCACAUGUGCCAUAUGGCAUUGGGCAGAAGUACCACAAAUCCAAAUUGAAGGACAGCCCUGACAAUAACUAAGUUCUUUGAACUUAGCCUCAAAUGUUAGGUCUGACAUUUCCAUACUUGGACUUGUAUCAAGAUUACAUUUUUAAGAGUAUCCCACCCCCCAGGUUUUUGAUCUAUUUUUAGAGAUUUUUUAGAGAUUUUUUAUAAUUAUUACAUUAUUUGGAAUAUAUAUGUGCUCCUAUAUAUAUUUCUACUUCAUCAAUCUUUCUAGCUUGGGCUUUUUAAAUAUCUUUUUUAAAUGUUAGCACACUACUACUUAAAUUGCAGGGGUAGGUGGAAGGUGUAUAUUGGGAUUUCAGCAUGCCAGAAGUCCCUAGCAGUACAGCCAAUAGUCAGAACUACUGAAAGUUGAAAUCUAAAACUGCUGGACAUCUGCUGCUUCCUGCCCAUCUGGUGUUCUACAGCACCAGGGGAUUUACACAAUAUGGUAUAUAUGCUGUUGUGUUGAUAGCAAAGGGGUGCUGGUGCACAAAUAAGCGUUGGAAAAUCUGUAUGGGGUUUUGUGUGCAUUACUGCAUCUAAUAAAGCUGUCUAUUGUCUCCAGUGCACACCUAGUAGGACUGCAAGAACGGGUCAACUGAAUAUAACCCAGAAUAAAAUCAUUAGUGCUUCUGUUGACUGAAGUGAGGUGCAGAUGGCACUGCUUUCAAUUUGUAACUCUGAAUCUGUUCUCAUGACAUUUAGAACACCCCCAAAACAGCAAAGUGUAUUUUAUUUAAGUGUCACUGGUGGCUGGUUGAUUCAGUCUUACAGUCUCCUAAGUGUGCUGUGUGACUGACUCUAUGCAACAAAGAUGCAGAUAUCAGAAUUACUGAUCUUGCUGUUUACAGGAAAAUAUCUGUUGUAUUUGUUCACUUUAAUAAAAGCUGGUUACAGAAAC